AGGAGGAGCGGGCCGGGCCGGGCCGGGCCGGGAAGGAGGAGCGGGCCGGGCCGCCACGUGGCGCCGCUCGAGGCGCGGGAGGGCGGGCAGAGCAUCUUCUCGCGACCGCGGGUCGGCAGCGGGGGUCCCGCGCGCGGCGGGUCGGCGUGGCCCUCGGCUCCGGAGCUCCAGGCCCGCGCCCCUCCCGGCGGGUCUCCCCUCCUCCCGGCCUCGCCGCCGCCCCCGCCAGGAGCCGGGCGGUGUCUUCUUGCCGCAGGGAAAUCAGACCCGAAAUUAGAACCGGGGGAAGCCCUUAGCCAGCUCGCGUGUCUUAGAUCGGGUGAACUUGAAAAAGAUAGAUUCUCUUACAGCUCGGUUCGCUUUAGGGCGCGGGGUUCCAUUGCCACUCGCGGGGCACAUGUCAGAGAACCGUGGCUUUCCCGACCCCGGGCUGUCCUUCGGGCACGUGGCCGCUGCGAGGGGCGCGGCCUCACGGCCGUCGGGUCCGAACUGCGAACAGGUGCCUGUUCCUCCAGGUCCCGCCCAGGCGCGUCCGGAGGGCGCCCGGGGCAGUCCGUGCGCGCCAGCCUUCUUUACGCGACACUUGCAAACUAUGUGAAGACCCACUUUAAGAAGGUUCAUUCCUCUGUGAUGGAGAAGUACGAAAAAAUUGGGAAAAUUGGUGAAGGAUCCUACGGCGUUGUUUUCAAAUGCAGAAGCAGGGACACGGGUCAGGUUGUGGCCAUCAAGAGGUUUCUGGAAUCAGAAGAUGACCCGGUCAUCAAGAAAAUCGCCCUUCGCGAAAUCCGCAUGCUCAAGCAACUCAAGCAUCCCAACCUUGUGAACCUGAUCGAAGUCUUCCGGCGGAAGCGGAGGCUGCACCUGGUGUUUGAGUACUGCGACCGCACGGUUCUGCACGAGUUGGACAGAUACCAAAGAGGGGUACCAGAGCAUCUCGUGAAGAGCAUAACUUGGCAGACAUUGCAAGCUGUGAAUUUUUGCCAUAAACACAAUUGCAUACAUAGAGAUGUGAAGCCAGAAAAUAUCCUCAUCACAAAACAUUCAGUGAUUAAGCUGUGUGACUUCGGAUUUGCUCGACUUUUGACUGGACCAAGUGACUACUACACAGACUACGUGGCUACCAGGUGGUACCGCUCCCCUGAGCUGUUGGUGGGGGACAUGCAGUACGGCCCCCCAGUAGAUGUUUGGGCAAUUGGCUGUGUCUUUGCUGAGCUGCUGUCAGGGGUGCCUCUGUGGCCAGGAAAAUCCGAUGUGGAUCAGCUCUAUCUGAUCAGGAAAACCUUGGGAGAUCUCAUCCCUAGGCACCAGCAAGUAUUUAGCACCAAUCAGUACUUCAGUGGGGUGAAAAUUCCAGACCCUGAAGAUACGGAACCACUUGAAUUAAAAUUUCCAAACAUCUCUUAUCCUGCCCUGGGGCUCUUGAAGGUAAAAUCAUGGUUUCCAGCCAGCCAGGAAGCACACAGCCUCUGUUCUCCCUGGGGAAUCCACAGAUUGAAAAGUGUUCCUUUCAGAAUUCUUCUCCUUUCAAAAGGCUGUCUUCACAUGGAUCCUGCUGAGAGACUGACGUGUGAACAGCUGCUGCAGCACCCAUAUUUUGACAGCAUCAGAGAAAUAAGGGAUUUGGCAAAAUAUGACAAACCAACAAGGAAGACCCUGAGACAGAAUCCAAAGCACCUGCCUGGGUUUCAGAACCUACCUCAGUUGACUGGCAGCAGCAUCCUUCCAGCUUUGGAUAAUAAGAAGUACUACUAUAAUACCAAGAAACUUAACUACCGUUUUCCAAACAUUUAAGGAGCUUGGAGAUGGAUGAAAAAAAAGAACUGAUCAAUAACCCCCAAGAAAAUAAAACAUACAUUUGACUGAAGACCAUGACAAUGUUGAGAAAACAUAAGUAACUAACUGGAGGAAGACACUUGGCAAGAUGUGAAGGGAAAUUCCAGAAGCAAUCUUCCAUGCUUGAUGAUGGUAUCCAGAACAGAAAGGAAAAACUCGUUUUGAUUUCCACUUGUGUUUUUGUUGUAUCUAAGUAGCUGGACUUAUGGACAGAAAUAUAAGUAGUAUCUACUGCCCAUUCCUCUCGCAAAACUAGUCACGUAAAAAGGAUUUAUGCUUCAGUUGUACAAUGUGCAACAAGUGAAAAAUAGAUUACAAAACACCCAAAUGUAUUUCCUUGGAUCCUAUCUCCUGCUUUUUCAGAUUGCUUCAACAUCAUAUUUAAAAAGUUUUUGUUCUUGAAAUCAAAAUACUUAAAAUCCCACUUCCUGUUUGCUCUAUCUCUUGGUUUUUAAAAAUGUAAACCAUUUUUUGGAAUAUUUAAGAGUUGUUCAAAAUAUUUAAUAUCAUGGAUUAUCACAAAAGACUAGCAUAUGCUUAUAUAUUUAGUGAUAUGUUUAUAGAUAUUUUCCCCAUGUACUUUUGUCUUUACCUUUAGUAAAGGAUGCAUCAUCGUCACUUUUUCAGGCAAGAUGGAUUUACUAUAUCCAUCUACAUUUGUUCACCCAGUUCCCCUUGCUAACAAUGGCAUGAAGAUUGGCAGCUGCCAAGGUGAUCAAGAAGUAGAACAAAACCUAUAGGGUUGGCAAGAACUACACCUGCCAGCCUAAAAGCAUUUAUAACUUCAUGCUCUCCAGCUCAGCCUCAGGCUUGGAGACAGAUCUGCAGGUAGGGCUAUAGGGAUCUGGGUUUUGGAAGAAAUUGCUUGUGAGCUUUUACUUGGGUCAUGAAAGACAUUAGGUUGUAAACCUAAUAUAUAUACACACAGGGUGGGGCAAAAGUAGAUUUACAGUUGCUUGUAUAGAAAACAAUACAAUAAUAAUAUAAGAAUAAACCAAGUUUCAUGUAUUCAUAACUGUAAACCUACUUUUGCCCCACUGUGUGUGUGCGUGGGUACACUAUGAUAACUAAUAAUAAAAAUGUAGUCUAGCCCUAACUGGUUUGGCUCAGUGGAUAGAGCGUCAGCCUGCGGACUGAAGGGUCCCAGGUUCGAUUCCGGUCAAGGGCGUGUACCUGGGUUGCGGGCACAUCCCCAGUAGGGGAUGUACAGGAGGCAGCUGAUCGAUGUUUCUCUCUCAUCGAUGUUUCUAACUCUCUAUCCCUCUCCCUUCUUCUCUGUAAAAAUCAAUUAAAUAUAUUUUUAAAAAAUGUAGUCUAAGUGCUGAUGGGUGGUAAAGAUCGUCAGCCUGAGCAUUGAAGGGUCUCAGGUACCACUUCCGGUCAAGGGCACAUACCUGGGUUGCAGAUUGGAUCCCUGGCCUGACCUGGUUGGGGUGUGUGCAGGAGGAACUAAUUGAGUGUCUCUCUCAUAUCAAUUUGUCUCUCUCACUUUCUCUCCCUCCCUACCUUUCUUCCACUCGCUCUCUAAAAACCAAUGGAAAAAAUAUCCUCCAGUGAGGAUUAAAAAAAAAAGUAUUACUAAGGAUUCCUAGCUUUGCACAGUGAUACUUAAAAUGACAAAAUUAGCUCUGCUUUGGCCUAUUGCUCCUAUUCAAACAGCUUUUUCAUCCUUGUCACCUGGACACAAGGGCAAUAUAAAAUUCUGUUUCUUAUAACUCAGCCAUUUUUGGUUGAUGUGAUGCUCCUAUUUCCUAGCAGUUCUCAGCCAUGGUUUUAAACGUUGUAUUUGACUGUAUCUUCGAAACAUUUCUUCUACACCCUCAGUUUACUGCUAUGUUAAUUUUCUUCAUGAGAGCAUAUGGCCUUAUUACUUACAGCUAAGUAAUCCACCAAAUUCUGACAACUGUUCAAUCAUUUUGGCUGCCCAGCCAAUUUAAUGAUAUCCAUAGUCUUCCUCAUGUAUGUAGCUUCUUGCGUAGAGCUGAUAGUAAGCUGACUAAUCCCAGUAUUAUCUAAUUCUUGUUAUGUAGCCUUGAUUCAAAGGACAAAGAAGGAUAUCCAACUUCUGUGACUAGUUUACAUUUGGUGUUUUUCUUCUUUUCCUUAACACAAAACAAUGCACUUGACAAGGCAGAUGACUAUAACUGCAUAAUUAAUCUAAUAGUUUUACAGAAAACCACUCAGAAUAGAAAAGUAGCUCCAGACUAAACUGUGGUGAAUCAGUUGCUUCAUCAUACGGUAAUCAAACAAAUGAGACAGGAGUGCUUAUUGUUUAUGAGUUCUAUAAAUGUAUGCUUAUGUUUAACCAUAUCUGUAAUCCUUUCUUCACAUGGAAUCACCACUGUUUCACGUGAAACUAUUCUAUAUCCUUGUCUUUUUUGUAAAUGUACUAAUUUCUGAUUUUUUUAAAAUGACAGUGGCAAUUAUAUUAGUAAAUAGUGUAUCAUUUAUGGUAUGUGCUAUUUAUACAAGCUAGUUUCUGAACACAAUUAAAAUUCAUUUUUCUACCUAAA